AUGGAAGCGCUCUCUAAUGCCAUCAACAGGCUGGUUAGCCGAAUUGUUUCCAUUGAUUUCACUAUCAAACUCGAGUAUUCAAUACUGAAUGAUAUAAGGAUGAGACUAGUGACUGUUUAUAAGGGCCUAGAUAAUGCUAAGGAGAAUCCUAUACCAAUUCAUCUCAUGCGAAAUUGGCUUCAUGAACUCAAAAAUGUCGUGUAUGAAGUUGAUAACAUAGUGGAUGAAAUUGAAGCAAGGGCUUUGACACACAAGAUAGAAGCUGAGUCAAAAACUUUUACCGGUCAGGUUUGGAAUUUACUUCAUACUCCAUUCAGAUCAUCGUUUAACAUGGGCAUGAAUGAUGAACUAAAAACACUAUUUUUAAGGCUAGAUCUUCUUGUAAGUAUAAAAUGUGACUUUUUGUCGCCAAAAGAUGUUUCUCAGGGUGUUUGGAUUGAAUCAACUACAACAUCUGUUGUUGAUCAGCCUGCUGUGUAUGGUAGAGAUGGUGAUAUGAACAAACUAAAAGAGUACUUGCUCUCAUAUGUUGCUUGUGAUGAUCGUGCAAGAGUGCUUACUAUCGUGGGCAUGGGAGGGAUUGGCAAAACAACAGUCGCUCAACUUCUUUACAAUGACCAACAAGUAAAUAAGCACUUUGACUUGAAAGCUUGGGUUUGUAUGACCAAGGAUUCAAUUGUUUCUACGGUAACUGCAACUCUUCUUGAGUCUGUUUCUUCAAAGCCAGUUACAAAUAAUUUUAGUGCUGUACAAGUGGAAUUGAAGCAACGCCUACGUGGUAAGAAAUUUUUGUUUGUAUUAGAUGAUGUACAGGAUACCCGUGUUUGGUAUGGUCUACUGGAUAUUCUAAAUUCCGGGCGUCAGGGAAGCAGGGUUAUUGUCACAACACGCCAAGAAAAGGUUGCAUUGGCUGUGCAUACCUUUCCUAUCCACUACUUGAUGCCUCUAUCAAGCGAAGAUUGUUGGUGUCUACUUGCCAAUCAUGCAUUUGGAGUGAAACAUUCCGCUAAAACCCCAAAGCUAGAAAUGAUUGGUAGAAAAAUUGCAGAUAAAUGUGGUGGUAUACCGAUUGCUGCAGUAGCUAUUGGGAAUCUACUUCAAACCAAAUUUUCUGAAAAUGAGUGGAAUACAGUUUUAGAAAGCAACAUUUGGGACUUGCCUGAGGACAACAUACUGCCAGCUCUACAAUUGAGCUACUGUUGUUUGCCUGCCCCAUUGAAAGAAUGCUUUGCCUAUUGUUCAAUUUUUCCAAAGGGUUACAAGUUAGAUAAGGAGACGGUAGUUAGACUAUGGAUGGCAGAAGGUUUAAUUCAAUAUAAUAGUUAUAAAAGUUUGGAAGAUACAGGAAAUGAAUACUUUGAUGAAUUGGUUUCAAGUUCGUUAAUUCUUAGAGACUCAAAUUAUGAAAACAUGUUCAAAAUGCAUGACCUUAUCAAUGAUUUAGCCACAGCUACAAUGGCAGGGUAUUGUUGUAGAUUUGAAGACCCAAAGCUAAGUCCCAAUCUUAAUAAAGUUCGCCAUUUGUCUUACAACAGGGGAAAAUAUGACCAUCAUGGUAAAUUUGAUGCUAUUUUUGGAAUAAAGGAGUUGCGUACCUUCAUAGCCUUACCAUUAGAGAAGGAUGAAUACCAAACUGACAGAAAUUGUUACUUAGCUAAAAGUGUGCUACAUGCUCUAUUGCUACAGAUGAGGUGCUUACGAGUACUGUCUUUGUCACACUAUGACAAUAUCUUUGAGUUGCCUAAUUCUCUUGGAGAUUUGAUUCAUUUGCGAUAUUUGGAUCUCUCUUACACUAAAAUUAAAAGGUUGCCUAAUGGGAUAUGUAAGCUUUACAAUUUGCAGACCUUAUUGCUAUCAAAUUGUGAGCAUCUAAUUGAAUUGCCUCGAGAAAUAGAAAAGUUGAUUAAUUUGCGCCACAUCGAUCUUACUGGAACUAAGCUAAAAGAGAUGCCGAGAAGCAUGAGCUUGCUAAAACAUCUCAAAACUUUGACUUCCUUUGUUGUCAGCAAACACAAGGAUGGAUUAAAGAUUAAAGAUCUAGGUAAUUUCCUACAUCUGCAAGGGAAGCUUUCCAUCUUAAACCUGCAAAAUGUUGUGGAUGCCAUUGAUGCUUUUCAAGCCAAUUUGCAAAAUAAAAAACAAAUUGAUGAGAUAGUGUUCAAAUGGGGCCCUAAUGCAGAAAAUUCACAUUUUGAGAGAGUACUUGAGUAUUUGCAACCAUCAACAGAGUUGAAGAAACUAGCCAUCGAAUUUUAUAGUGGCAUUAGCUUUUCAAAUUGGUUAGGAGAUUCUUCGUUUUGUAACAUGGUAUCCCUUUGCUUAAGCGAUUGUAAUUAUUGUUUGUUGCUCCCACCACUAGGGCAAUUACCUGCUCUCAAGAGUCUCAGGAUUUUCAGGCUAAAAUCACUACAAAUUGUUGGAACUGAAUUCUAUGGUGGAGUUUCCGCUUCAUAUCAGCCAUUUCUGUCCCUAGAGUUGCUAAUAUUUGAUGAAAUGCCAAAGUGGGAAGAAUGGCUUUCCAUGAGUGAUAUAGCUACUGAAUUUCCUUCUCUUCGAGACCUACAUGUCUUCCGAUGUCCCAGACUGAAAGGAAACUUACCCUACAAUCUUCCAUCCUUAAUUACAUUAAGGAUAUUUGGAUGUGAUCUACUUGAGUUACGAAGCUCAAAUGAGGCAGAUUUCCGGUGGACCUAUGGUCUUCAAACUUUACAAGUUGCUCAGUCCCCGCUUGUGUUGUCAUUACUAGAACUAAGGUCAAUGCCCUUUCUCAAUUACUUUAAUAUUGCAGGAUACCAUGAUUCUCUACAAGUAUUCCCUAGGAUGAUCAGCAGUAGCAAUUAUCUUCAAACUCUGUAUAUUCAUAGCAUUCCAACUCUCAAGUCCUUUCAAAAUGAUGGUCUACCAACUUCAUUAGUGCACCUUGGUAUCUUCAAUUGUGAGAGAUUAGAAUUUCCACCUCCUAAGUUGUUGCAUAACUAUUCAUCACUCGUGCAACUGAUAUUAAGUGAUAGUUGUCAUUCAAUGGAAUGCUUCCCAUUAGACAGUUUUCCUGUUCUUGUGCAUCUUGAAAUCAAACAUUGCACUAAUUUGAAAUCCUUUUCUGUCUCCGAUAAUUUGGCCUACAAGCUGUCACAUCUGAAAACCUUGUAUGUAAGAAAUUGUCCUAAUCUGAGUUCCUUUCCACGGGGUGGUUUAUCCACUUUCAAUUUGGAAAGAUUGCUGUUGCGCAAAUGUGAGAAACUCAUCUCACUUCCUGAACGGGUUGACACCCUGACUAGCCUUCAACAUUUGAUGGUUUGUGAGCUUCCAUGUCUUGAGUCUUUUGCUGAAGAGGGUUUGCCAUCCAACUUAAAAAAGCUUGAGGUCUUCAAUUGUGAAAAACUGUCAACAAAAUCCGUCACUCAAUGGGGUUCUCAGUGGCUAACUUCUCUUACAGAAAUAACCAUUGGAGGUGAUGAUCUUGUCAAUGCCUUGAUGACAGGGCAAUUGCUUCCCACUUCUCUUGUGUCCCUGUGCAUCCGAGACAUUUCUUAUUUUGAUGGGAAGGGGCUUCCACAUCUUACUUCUCUGGAAAAUCUGCAAUUUAAGUCAUGUUUUAAUCUUCAGUUUUUGCCAGAAAUGGAGUUCCUAAAUCUUCCUCUUUCAGUACUUAGUAUCAGUGAUUGUCCUUUAUUACAAGAAACCUAUCUAAGCAAUGGGGGCAUAAAUUUCCCCAAGAUUGGCCACAUUCCGUGCAUAGAGAUCAAUGAAGAAGUUAUAAUGUGAGCACUCAACUAUGGUAUCAAAAUUUAUUAAGGUCAACAUUCAACACCAAUCUGAUCAGCUUGACCUUGUUGUAGCUUGGACCGAUUCCAAAACAAUGUUGUGGCAAAUAAAAGGAACAUCCCAAGUUUUCAGUGAGCAAUUUUAAAUAGUGAUACAAAUGUAUGGGUAGUAGUAAACAUAAUCGGGAUUGAAGGAGACACUAUUUUCGUUUUCCUGGGCUCUGACCACAAUCUCUUUCUCAGUCUUCAUACGGUCUGCUAACAUUUUUUCCUUUGUGAAAUAUAAGGGAUGUUCUGAAAGAGACAAGUUAAGAAGGUUCAUGCUACAGUGCAAAAUUGCAUGUCGCAGCACACCAAGCUCUUUCCAGCAUUCUGAUACAUCUUGAGACCACUUUGCUGCAACGAUCUAGUUUCAUGCUGAGGAGCACGCACACGUGCCAGCAAGUCUUGUUUUUGGGUAAAUUGAGUUUUGAGAGGCUCGUUGGGGUAUGAAGACAAAAGUUCUCAUUUAGGUCCUUUAUAGAGAGAAAGUCCGAGCUAGAUCAAAGAACCCUAGAGAGAGAAACACAAAAGUUGAAGAGAUUUAAGAAUUUGGGAGGAAGAUCAAGCUUGAAGACCAUUCAUUUUUUAUUCUAAUCCCUUCUCUUGUACUUCUUUAACGAGGAUUUCUCUUGCUUUGGGAUUUUAUUUUUUGUUCUCAUGGAUUUCUAAACAAUUCACGAGGGAUCCCUUGGAUCUCAAUCAUGUAGCUUGACUCUUUUAUUAGUGUUUCUUGUUCCUUAUUAAUGAAUUUUUUGUUUGCUUG